ACGGAUCCAUGGAGCCACCAGAGGAUAACUUUGGCCGUACCUUUGUGGAGGUGAUGAGUGAAAAGUACAGCCCAGAGAACUUUCCGUUACGCAGAGGGCCAGGUAUGGGAGUGGUAGUGGUGCCCACCUCUGCUCCUCAAGGCUCCCCAAUGAAAGACCGUCUGAACCUGCCCAGCAUCCUGGUGUUGACUGGCUGUGGGGUCAACCGGGCAGGGGACCAGGCUGAGAUCGCUGCUUUCUGUACCCAUGUCAUCGAGCUGGACCUGUCUCAUAACAAGCUGCAGGACUGGCGUGAGAUCAGUAAAAUUGUAUCCAACAUCCCCAACCUGGAGUUCCUGAACCUGAGCUCUAACCCUCUGGCAGGAAUGACCCUCAAGCCGCACUGCGCUGAAGGCUUCUCUCGGGUCCGACGGCUCGUCCUCAACAACACUCAGGUGUCCUGGGACACCGUGAUGCUGCUCACCAGGGAGAUACCUGAACUGGAGGAGUUGUUCCUGUGCCUUAAUGAGUACAGCAGUGUGAGUGCCUCCAGCGUGGCCUGCCCCACCUUGCGCCUGCUUCACAUCACCGACAACGGCCUCCAGGACUGGGCCGAAGUCCGGAAGUUUGGCUCCAUGUUCCCCAGCCUGGACACUCUGGUCAUGGCCAACAACAACUUGGCCUCCAUUCAGGACAACAAGGAUAUCCUGGGACGACUGUUUCCCAACUUACGCAGCAUCAACCUGCACAACUCAGGUCUCAACCGAUGGGAGGACAUUGAGAAGCUCAACUUCUUUCCCAAGUUGGAGGAGGUGCGGCUGCAGGGCAUUCCCUUACUGCAGACCUACACCAACGCAGAGAGACGCAGCCUCAUGAUCGCACAGCUCCCUUCAAUAUCACUGCUAAAUGGCAGUGUGGUGACUGAUAGUGAGAGAGAAGACGCAGAGAGGUUCUUCAUCCGUUACUACUUAGACUACCCAGAGGAGGAGCUGCCUUACAGAUAUCACUCCCUGGUCACCAAGUAUGGGAAGCUGGAACCACUUGCUGAGAUCGACCUGCGACCUCGCUGCCGUGCCCAGGUCGAGGUUCAUUGUGAGGAAAAAGUGGAACAGCUGAACAUCCGUUUGGACCAGACCGUUGCGGAGCUAAAGAAGCAGCUGACCACAGUGGUCCAGCUGUCCACCAACAGCAUGAGGAUCUAUUACAUCGACAAGUGCAGCGUCUUCGGUCCAGAGGAAAUGAAGUACAACACCCGCGCUCUCCACUCCUACAGCAUCCAGGACGGUGAUGAAAUACUUGUGGUUCCCAAAACCAAGUGAGCAGCUGGUGUCCAACUGGAUUAUUAGAGCGACUCAUUGAUUGACUGCUUGAUUGAUUAAUUGGAUUAUUUGUUGAUUGGUUAACUGGCAUAACAAAAUAAUUGGAAAACGUAUAUGGAACAGCAUCAGCGGCCCACUUGGAGAGAGUAAAAGAAGAGAGUGAUGUGGACACCAUCGUGAAGACAGCACAGUGGACUACAAGCUCUGGCUGAAAAUGCAGCCAUUAUGUCUAUUUAUUUCAGCUUUAUUUGAGGGCAUCCACUGGCAUUAGUAGACAAAUCGGUCACACUGGACAACUUGCUGAGAGAGCAACUCGCAGCCAGCUAGCAGCUUAAGCAGAAGAGAGGGCACUGCUGCACCAGAAAGGCUUCGCUGCAGCUCUAUCUCUUAGUACACAGCAUGCACCAUAGCACCUGCAUAGGCGAACAUCCAACACCAAUGGCUUGUCCACUUGUUGCAACAACUACUCUGAUUAGCAGCGAGGCAGUGCGCUUUGAAAGUAGGGAGGAAGAACCACAGUUGAAGCAAAUAAUCCUACCCAAAACACUAAAUGGUGGUGAUUAAAGUAGCAUUUUGUUGUAUGGUGAUGGGUUUAUUUUGUAUUUCUGUGGAAGUUAGAAGAUGCUACAUCACAUUCAGAUCAUUUGACAAAAUACCAACAGAGUCAAAUGAUUUUAAUAGAGACAUAAUGAUUAAUCAGUAGGCGUGUUUCCAUUUAAGUCGAAGCUAAUUUUAAAUCUGAAAUUUGAAAUGUGGCAUUGAAGAAAAUUUGAAUUACGGAAGUUUCCAUCAACUGGUUUAGAGUGAAUAAACAAAGCUGCAUAAAUGUACUUUGGUCAGAAGACGUCAGUGUAAUCUAUUGCUGUAGGCUAAUCUGUCAGUAAACAGUAGUAGAAGAAGUAGAGAGAAAACAACAAUAAAAAAGAGGUUCCUGAUUGGUCAACUUUGGCCACUCGCGAGAGAAAAUGGAGAGAAGUCUUCAGGAAUUGGAUUCAUUUGGGAUUCAAUUCAAGUCAAUUAAAAAAUGUCCACUCCGGGACAGCUGUUCUUUCAUGUGAGUUAAAUGUUCGCUAUGUCAGAACUUAUUCAGAAAAAUCGUUUCCAUCUCCCGCUUAGCUCAUUAACUAUUUUACCACCUCAAGUGAGUGUAAAACCGUUUAUGCGCAUUUUUGAAAGUUCGAUAAAAUGUUUGUGUUUCCAUCAAACUUUUCUCAUGCAGAUCUUCAAAACACACAGAGAAAUUUGUUGAUGGAAACACAACUAGGGUAAAAAUUUAUCAUAGAACAUGCAGAUUUAACAUCUUUAAAAUCCCUCCAGAAGUAUUAAGACAUAUAAAAAUACUUUAAAAGAGAUAUAAAUACAGAUACUCCCUCACUGACAAACCCAUAACCUAUGAAUUGCAUAUUUGGUAGUAGUUUACCUGCUUAGGUUGCAUCAGGAUUGGCUUCCAAACUAGCGUAUACGUUACACACACAUUCUAAACUAAGUAAUAAGAUGAGGACAGAGAAAAUUUUCUCUUUAACCAGAUGAAUCUGUGAACUGUUUUCCUGUGUCAAACCCUCCACAGUGAAGGUCAAACAUCCAAGCACAUAGUAAAGUAACAAUACGCAAAACUGCAGUAGAAUAAUAUGGGAAAAUUGGUCGUACAGAAAGGAAUAUUACACCACUUUAUGACAUGGCUUCAGGAGUGCAAUGAUUGUAAUUGAUGAUAUCUAACAGUGUAAAGAGUAUUUUAGGGGUUGAUGUUUUCUGUCAUCCUGUUGUGUGUUUUCUGAAAGCUUACGUCUGUGUACCCCUUGGAGUCCUGCAGGGAGUGUAGGGGCAUCGGGCCAUUGUUACGAGUCACCUGGUCCUAAUGUAACUGGAGUGGGACCUGGGUCCACAUUCUUCGCAGGAAGUUAAAUGCAUUUUCAGUUCAGCUUCGACAAGCUCGUCCGCUGUUACUGAUUUUGUUUGUGAUCUUCAUGAAUAGUCCCCGUUCUUUGCAGUUGAUGUAGUUCUUUUUGCUUCAUCAGACCAUGUGACCUUUGGCACGCAUUUGUGGCUGUUUAAAGUAAAGUGUGAAGGCAUCAGGAUGAGAGUCAGCACCUCCAGGUCUGAAGUCAUGGUUCUCUGCUGGAAAACUGUUGCUGGCUCCCUCUGGGUUGGGAGCAUAGACUGUAUAUAAGGAAGGAUGACACCUUUCCACUUCCGCUCAAAAAUUUAAGCCAAAAUAUCCUGGAUAUGGGUGUUGCCAUCUUGUACUGGCGAUGCAAUUUGGAGCCAGUGUGAUAGCAACAGUUAAUAUGGAGGGGUAAGAGUCUAGAACCGAACACUUAUACUUAGACAAACGAAAGCUGGUAGGCAGAUGUAACAUGCAGAGACGCACAAAAAGCCUCUUGGACCCAUACCCUAAACCCAACAGGAAGUCGCCCACCCUGAAUUGAACAUCAAAUCUUAGGGCAUUUUUCAAUAUUCUCAAGCCUUAUAAUUUAACAAAGAUUUAACUUGAGAUUUAGCCUUAUUGACUUCAGAUUUGGUCAGUACCAUCUUAAGGCCUUUGUGAUAAGAAGUUAUUAAACAGGGAGUUGUUGUAACUUAAGUAUACAUUAUUCAAUCUGCCCCAAAUUUCUCAUGCCUGAUAAGAUUCCAGCCACCAUGGGCUGAUCAAGGUGUUCUGGCUUCACCUUUGAGGAGCUGUCAUGUCGUCAAUCUUUAUAUAACUUAGGUUGGGAAUUAAUGGUUAAUUAACCAUUAGCCAUUAACCAUUAACUUGAGGUGUUGUUCCUAAGAUGCAAGCAUUGUACCGGACUGUUUUGGUGAAGAGGGAGCCUGAAGACAAAGCUCUCGAUUUAUAAGUCCACUUGCGUCUGGACUACCUUACUUAGUCUGCUGCCAGACUAAGUGUCUGGAAAUGGAUAGAUAGAUGGAAUGAUGGAUAUAUGGAUGUUUUUAUAACAGACCAAGAUCUGAUGUUAGUUUGUUUCUUAUCACAAAACACAUACUACACUCACACAUGGCCACACAGGUUAUCACAAAGCAGCUGUUGUGUCAUGGUUUUUGCUGCCCGCUAUAUGUUUCACUGUGACACACACACACCCGAGCACCCUUAGACAAGGAUAGUUCAGAUUUUUUAAAAUUAGGUUGUAUGAAGUACUGACCCACAGUCAAUGUAUUCCGUGCAGUAGAUUUCUAGUUUUAAGAACCAGAUGCACCAGGCAGGAAACAAAUUGCAGAUAGGGACUGUCACAAAACGUAUUAUAACCACAUAAACAAGGCCCACCCUUAAAAUAUUAUACCCAUUUAUGUGUACAUUGUGUAUGCCAUUUGGCACUACUUUUUCUCACCUGUAGAACUUUCAUGUUCCUACGCAUAAGCGUCACAGAUCGUAUAUUCCGGUUCAUAAAGAUUUCCUUUUGUCUCCGUAUUGAAUGGUAUUUCAUCGUUUUUGUCAUAAUCACUAAUUAUUAUUUUCCCCUGUAUUUGUUGUCUCUUACAAAAACUAGUGACUGGAUUUGGACCAAAACAGCCGAACAUGGAAGUUCUACAGUUGAGAAAAAGUAUUGCCAAGUGUCGGUCAAAAAUCGGUGGACAUAUCAUUAAUAUAGCAAACAGAUGAACAGGUAUAACAUUUUUAAGGUGGGCCUUUGUAUAGGUGUAGGUUUGUAUAGGUAUAGGUCUCCAAACUGGGAACACACAGACCAUCAGCUUCUGCAGGUAAUACAUCGUAUCACUUCAAAAAAUCUGAACUAUCCCAUUUAAAAUAACACAAGUACAGGCUGAUUAUAUCCAUUCAUCCAUCAGCUAUACCUGCUUAUCCAGAUCAUGUUAAUUCACUUGAGCACAUUCUAAGGAGUGCGAUCAGGUUUGCCAUUCACUUGUGUUCAUGGUCAUUUUAAAGCCUGAUUUUGUGUCCAUAGCUGUAAGAUUUUCACUAGUUUUUGCUAUUCUAUUUCAGAUUAAGGCUUUUCAGAGGAUAGUAUUCCCUCUUUUCAGAGUUCCAGUGUCUUUAAUUACAUGCGUAUGAUCUUGUUUUGUGGACCUUUAAAUGCUUAAACAAUGCACUUUCUUUACAUUUUAUUCAUCAUUUUCUAAGAAUUGAAUCAGCAAUUCUCCUUGAUCUCAGUGUUUGCACCUUUAAAUCCACCAUUCAGUGAAAUCCUCCUUUAUGCCUCUACAUCAGUGUUUCAUAUGUUACACAUUAGUGUAAUCUACAUUUCUGCACAUAAUUCCUUCCACCAAAGAUAGAAUAUAAGGGUAUUAGUAUAAUGUGGAACAUAUAGAGUAUGUCUUGAUUUUAUUAUACUGCAUCAUCCUUGUAUAAGAGGAGUAUUGAUAUCUAUCGAUUUUUCCUAUAGCAAGCUGAGUAGGGGAAUAACUGACAGUGCACAGUGUUAUGGUUGUGGACACAGCUGAUAUUUCAAGCUACUGAAUUAAAUAUUCACAUUUAGGGGCUGUUUGGAACCGUUUCGGCUGUACUCUCAGUUCAUCAAUGUUGAUAGAAAACUCAGCUCAGUGUGCUUUGACGCCUUUUUCACAGUGUUUUGACCCUCCAACAGUAUCAGUAUCUCAAGUAUGUAAAUAUAACAAUAUUUCUCUCCUUGCUAUUAAAAUUUACCAAUGUUUAUUUUAUAACACUACUGCUAUACUUGAAUAUUAGAAGGUUUAAGAGUAGCAAGAGUUGUUGUAGCAACAACACACAGCAGGUUAGAUGAAAAAAAAAUACUGGAAACUGUUUCUGCAUUUUGUCACAGUAGUGCUGAAUAAUGUUAGUGGAUCUUGAAGCACAGCCAUAUAAUCCAGCACAGAGGGACAACAGUGCAGUGCUGGCAGUCUAAACUUAAAUAUUGGGUUAUAGAGUCUGUGAUUAUUAGUGUGAGACGUGUUUGAAGUGAGAAACUUUGUAUGUUACUGUUUGCAGAGUGGGUGAUUUUUUUUAUUUAUUUAUUUUUGGUAUGCAUGUUAUUAGUUUUAUGUGUUUUUGCGAGGAAAGUGGUCACUUUGCUUGCUUUGAUUUAUGUAAUAAUGAAUUUGAAUUUUUACACAAAGCCCAAGAAAAAUAUUUGAAGUCUUGAUGUAAAUUUCCAUGUUGAUUUUAUCCAGAUUACGCUUUAAUUGAUUUAUUUAUUUUCAAAGAACUGUAUCAUGUUAUUUAUUGUGUCUAUGGCUUACUGUCUAACCUGCUAAAAGCCGAAAAUAUUGGCUAAGCUAUAUUGGCUAUUUUAUAGCUAUCGAAAACUUGAUUUUAAGUAUUUCUCUGUAACAUUAAAGAUUCACAACUAAUAAAGCAACAAUCAAAAUUAAAGUUAGGGGAAAAUCCUAAAGUAUUUUUUGUUAAGGGGGGUUGAAGAAGUACUCAGAUCCUUUACUUAAGUAAAAGUAGCAAUUCUAAUAAUACAUUCUAAAAGUCUGGCAUUUAAAUUAGAAAAUAUAAGAAUUGUAGCAACAAAAUAUACAUAAAGUUAGAACGAAAUAUGCAGAGAAUUAUAUAUGUUAAACUGUUGGAUUAAAAAGACUGAUGCAUUAAUAUUUACAUUACUUUAAUGUUGGAGCUAGAAAAUGUGGGACUCAUUUUUUAUUAUAUACCCUGCCAGCUAUCAGUCGUCUUACCUUUUAUCCAUAUUUAUGUUUUAUAUUAUUAAUCUGAACAGCAACUAGCAUUUAAAGGUGUAAAAAUGUAGUUCAGUAAAAAUUACAAUAUCUCCCUCUGAGAUGUGGUGGAAUAGUAAUAAUAAAGUACAUUCAAAUGGAAAUACUUUAUAUAAUUAACAUUAUACUUAAGUACAAUUGGGUAAAUGUGCUUUCCACUUCUGACAAAACCUCAGGUAGUCUGCUUUAUGAAGAGUGUGUGUUCUGGUUUGAUUAGAUUGGAUUGGCGGUAGCAUGGCAACAUUAACAAACAAAAUUAAAAUUCUGAUUGGUUAAUUUGGAUCCACCCAUUUAAACCAGUAACGAGAACUCAGAACAGAAGAAAAUACAGAAACGUCUCAUCUGACAUCACCAGAAUUGUAAGUUUGGGAGAAAACGUGUUUAUGUCGCUCACUGUAAGGCAGUGUAACCUUUUAAGGAAAAGCCCAUCCUUAAAGCCUUUAACACCUGUUGGCAAUGCACUGUGUAGGAUUUAUUUAGUCCAGUCGUUCUGCUAUUUUGUGCUGCAAUUGUUGCAUAACUCUGAUAGAGGCUCAACAUUAGGUUUUGGUAUUAGUCCCACAGAAUCAUACUGUGAGGCCUUGUAGAGCUGCCUUUUCUUGCCUUUAUAAUAAUUCCACCAGCAGUAGACCAGUGUGCAGUACAGCCAGUGCACAUGUUGUUAUUGUAGUGACUCACUAGUUGUUAAACUCUAAUUGACAAACACCAUAAAUAAAGCCGUAGUUGCUUUCACCAAUUUUUUCACCAACUUUCACCAGAGAUAUAUGUGACAUUUAAAGGACGACUGUACUUCAACAUUUUAGGAAAUAGGCUUAUAUGCUUUCUUGGCUAGAAUUAAAUAAAAAGAACCAUACCACUCUCACAUCUGUGCAUUUAAUAUUAAGCACAGGCUGUAUUUAAAGGUGGUGGACGCGUCUCCGCUUCCUCGCAUACUCAAAAUAAUGUGGAUACAGGCCCACAUCACAUCCCUUUUUCUUGCAUUAAAUAACUAAUUCAACUAAAACAAACUCAGCAAAGCACUUGAAUAUACAUCAGCAUGAUAAUAACGACCUGAAAUGACACAAACAAUCUUUAGGAAACAUUUAUUUGAUGUUUUUUAAUUUGGCCAAUGUCCCAUUUGUUAACAUUAAUGGGCUGGGUGUAUGACCUAUACUGGAGCCAGCCACCAGGGGGCGAUCGAGGUGAUUUAGCUUCAUUUUGGGAUCUUUCAUGUUGUCCACCUUUAUAUACAGUCUAUGAUUAUUAUUAUAUUAUAGGACUGGAUACAGCGCCGCCACUUAGCCUUGCAGCCAUUUAUUUUCCAAUGGCCACUAACAAUAUUGCAACAAAGAAAUCCGUCCUCCGGCCCAAAAACAGGACACCUCAAACUCAUACGUCUAGCGACAUGUACCUAAUAAAGUGGCACCGGUGUGUUCUUCUGCCCAUCUGCUUCAAGGCUGGACAUGUUGUGUUGUAAUGAGUGGUUAUUUGAG